AAAAAAGGCCCAAUACAAACUCAAAAGGUGCAUAGAAACAGAGGAGAGUGAGGAAAGCAGGAGUAGAGAGCGGGGAAGAAAGGAAAGGAAAAUGUUGCAGUAUCCAUCGUUCAUGUUACAGUAUCCUUGUUCUACUCGGAUCAUUCCGACAUCGUUUCUGCUACCAGCGCAGUGGCCCCAGCCUCAGAGCGACGAGCUCCUCCUUGCUAUGGAGGAAUCUGAUUUUGAAGAAAAGUGUAAUGAAAUCAGAAAGAUGAACAGCAACUUAGUCGUAAUUGGGAAGACUAACAUAGAUAAUGAUAAAGAAGACUUUGACAAUGAAGCAGACGAUGAUGAUGCAGACAAUGGUGAAGAGUCAGAAGGUGAUGACUUUGAGCAGGAAACUGGUUGACAUGCCUUGAUUAGUUUUCUGUAUCUGUAUGUGCAGUCUAUCUACGGUAAUGCUUCAGGUUCUUAGUCUAGACUCAAGUUUUAAAAUUUUCUGAACAGUAUCUGGAUAUUUUUUGUUCAAGUGUUUUGUAGCCAAGGAGAGAUUCUUUCUGGCAGAAGAAUCAUAUAUGAAGAACUUGAUAUUUGUUUAUGUAUUUUGGAUGAUACAACUACUAAGAUAUUUAAUUUCUACAUUACUUUGAAAGAGGA